GGAUUCAUUGAGAGAAAUAGCAUGAACCGUCGCCGUUUUGCCCAUUUGUGACAAACACACAUAGCAGAAAAAAAAGUUUGGUUAUUUUCGACAGCAGUAGAGCAAUAGAAGCAGCACUAUUAUAUUGGCAUUCGCGACUUUUCGUCAUUAGAAUAGUCAUUUUUCCGCUUUUGUACCGAAUAUACACUUAUCAAAUUUGCAAAAGUCGGAUUAACAUUUUUUUUGACACAUUUUAAAGUAACAACCAAUUCAACUGAAGAAAAAGACGUCAACUCUGUGUGUGGACAAGCAAUUAAAUCACUUAAAUUAUCAUGGAAAAAGUUAGUUCUGUCGCUAUUUUAGAUGCAGGAGCACAGUAUGGAAAGGUAAUCGACAGACGUGUUCGUGAGCUAAAUGUUUCAUCAGAAAUAUUGCCACUCGAUACGAUGGCGUCAGAAUUGCGUGACUAUAAAGCAAUUAUUAUUUCGGGUGGCCCAAACAGUGUUUACGAUGACAGUGCACCGCAGUAUGAUGCCGAUAUAUUCAAGUUGGGCAUCCCAAUAUUGGGAAUAUGCUAUGGUAUGCAAAUAAUUGCCAAAGAAUUUGGCGGUGAAGUUCGGAAAAAGGAGGUACGUGAGGAUGGACCAACUGAAGUCGAUGUGGAUUCAAAAUGCCCACUAUUUGAUAAUUUAGAGAAACAACAACAAGUUUUAUUGACGCAUGGCGACAGCAUUACCGAAACUGGCGAUCGAUUGAGACUUUGUGCAUUGUCAGCAAGUCAAGUGAUUGCCGGCGUGUGGAAUGAGGAAUUUCGUGUUUUUGGCGUUCAAUUCCAUCCAGAGGUUGAUAUAACCACAAAUGGUCAGCAAAUGUUGCGUAAUUUCUUGAUGAAAAUCUGUGGAAUGAUGCCAAACUUUACAAUGGAGUGCCGUAAGGAGAGUUGUAUGAAAUAUAUUCGCGAAAAGGUCGGAACAAGCCAAGUUUUGGUGCUGGUUAGCGGCGGUGUCGAUUCGACCGUGUGUGCCGCAUUGCUAACACGUGCUCUGAAUCCAAAUCAAAUCCACGCGGUUCAUAUUGAUAACGGGUUUUUGCGAAAAGAUGAGAGCAAGGAAGUCAAAGAAUCUCUCAACCGAUUGGGUUUGAAUAUUAUCGUCAAAAGUUGCUUCUACAAGUUUUUCAAAGCAACAACCACGGUGCGAAAAGCCAAUUCAACGUACAACACUGAAACUCCAAUGCUUUGUUUCGCCAUUAAUCCGGAAGAAAAGCGUAAAAUUAUUGGCGACACAUUUUUAAAAAUUGCCAACGAAACUAUGCGCGAGUUGAAUUUGGAUCCAAAGAAUGUGUUCCUAGCACAGGGAACACUGCGGCCAGAUUUAAUUGAAUCAGCAUCAGAUUUGGUUAGCAAGAAUGCUGACACUAUAAAAACGCAUCACAACGACACCGAACUCGUUCGUCAACUGCGUGCUGCUGGACGUGUGGUUGAGCCACUGAAAGAUUUUCACAAAGAUGAAGUGCGUAAGCUUGGCCGUGACCUUGGCUUACCAGAUGCUUUGGUCGAUCGACAUCCAUUUCCAGGACCUGGUUUGGCUAUACGAAUUUUGUGCGCAUCAGAACCAUACAUGGAAAAAGAUUUCGCUGAAACUCAGGUUAUUGCUCGUGUAAUUGCCGAAUACUAUUCCAAGUCACACAAAAAUCAUGCACUACUCAACCGUGUUACGAACGCAACCACACCAGCUGAACAAGCGGCAUUGGAAGAAAUUUCGAAGAAAAUGAAAAUCACUGCAACUUUACUGCCAAUUCGAAGUGUUGGUGUACAGGGUGACUCCAGAUCGUAUAGCUACGUUCUAGGUCUAUCGACGGAAGAUACACCUGAUUGGAAAGACAUGCUAUUCUUGGCCAAACUUAUCCCGCGCAUUUUACAUAAUAUCAAUCGUGUUUGCUACAUUUUCGGUGGUUCAGUUCAGUUCCCGAUCAGCGAUAUUACUGAAACGAAGAUUAGCAAAUAUUCAUUGGCCCAGCUAAGGCAAGCCGAUCACUUGGCGAAUUCAAUUUUACACUCGAGUGACUGUAUGUCAAAAAUUUCACAAAUGCCUGUCGUGUUGAUACCAAUUCACUUUGAUCGCGACCCAGUCAAUCGAAUCCCAUCGUGCUCUCGUUCGAUCGUUCUGAGACCAUUCGACACAAAUGAUUUCAUGACCGGUGUUCCGAUAGUUCCGGGAUCAGACAAAUUGCCGCAAAUGGUCAUAGACAAAAUGGUGCGAGCGAUUUCCGGAAUUGAUGGCAUAACUCGUGUUCUGUACGAUUUGACUUCAAAACCACCAGGCACCACUGAAUGGGAAUAGAAUAUUGCGAUAUUGCGUUUUUUCUGUUAAUUAAUAUAAAAUCGAAGAUGCAUUUUCACGUGAAAAUAAGUUGAUAUUAUAACUUAUUUAUGAAAGGCUGACAAAUUUGGUCAUUAAGUGAACAGAGUAAUGAAAUGUAUGACAUUGAUGUGGAAAAAGAAAUCGAUGAUAAAAAAAACUUAUCAUUUCAAGUAACAAAAUAAUUGAACAAAGUAAAUACAAACCAACUGCUGCAAACCAAUUGUCGAGUCAGCAAUUUCCCAAUUAUCUGAUGCUAACCAAUAAACAUUAUUUUAUUACCAUAAA